GUAAAACCAAUAUUUUGUAAUCAUUUGUAAUAAUCCACCACCAAUGAAUUCAUACUUUAAAUAGAUUUCCGUCUGUGAAGAUUAAUAUCUCAUAGUAAUGAAAUGUUAAGCUUUUUAGCUGGCCGUGAAUCGGGUUCUACUAACCCCUUUCUCUUGAGGCGAGCUGAAAUAACAAGAAGAAUAUUCAGUUUAGAUCUGAGUAAACACAGAGAUGUAGAACGGAUUGACUCACUGGGUGGAAUAAAUUCAUUAAACAUUGAUACCAUUGAAAACAGAUAUCUUUUAUCUGGUGGAUCAAAUGGUGGCAUAGCUAUUCAUGAUUUAGACAAUUUUCAAGGAGAAACAAAGUUUACCUGUCGUCAGAUUUGCCACAUACCCAAUUCUGACAACAAUGCUCAUCGAAAAAGCAUAGAGACAGUUCAGUGGUAUCCAUUAGAUACUGGUUUAUUUACAACAAGUGGUACUGAUAAACAGCUAAAAAUAUGGGACACAAAUACACUUGUUCCAGCAGAUACAUAUAGUUUUGAUGGUAUUGUUUACAGUCAUCAUAUGUCACCAAUAGCCACAAAACAUAGUCUUAUAGCUACUGGUUGUGAUAAGUCCACUAUAAAACUUGUUGAUUUAAGAGCUGGAUCAUCUACACAAAUGUUAAAAGGUCACAAAGCAGCAGUAUUAUGUGUCCAAUGGUCAACAAGGGAUGAAUUUAUUUUAGCAUCUGGAAGUUCAGAUAAUGGAGUUUUAUUAUGGGAUAUCAGAACUGCUAAAGGAUGUUUGAUGUCGCUUGAUCAGCACAAUGGUGAAGCUGCAUCUGCUGCAAAUAAAAUUAAAACAGCCCAUAACGGUCGGGUGAAUGGUUUGUCAUUUACAGCAGAUGGUCUCCAUUUAGUUACAUUUGGUACAGAUAGUAGAUUAAGAUUAUGGAACACUACUACAGGAAAAAAUUCAUUAGUAAAUUAUGGAAAUAUUGAAAAUGAUGGACGUAAAUCAAUCAAAUUUUCGUUAUCAUCUGGGGGAUGUCCAGAUGUAAUUUUUGUACCUGAUGACAGUAAUUUAACUAUGUUAGAUCUUCAUGGAGGUACUCAAAUCAAAACACUAAGAGGACAUUAUAAUCAAGUGAACUGUUGUGUUUUUCAUCAAGAUAGACAAGAACUAUACAGUGGAGGUAAUGAUAGGAAUGUACUGGUUUGGCUUCCACAAACUGAUCAUGCAUACGAUGAUUUCCUUAAAACGGACAGUAAAACAAAAGAUAAACAUAGUUUUACUAAAAGAAUUGCUGCUACAACAGAUACUUGGAGUGAUGAUGAUGAUUAAUCAGAUACAAAACCUCAGGGAUACAUAUUAAAAAUACUGCCUUUAUCAAAGUUUACAUGAACUAUCCCAUUUAGUUGUACUCAGGUUAUUUUAUUACCAUUGUUGUAUCGUAACUUGCUUUCAUAAUUUUGAAAUGAAACAGAUAUUUGUCUGAAUGUUUUAAGAGUCCAGUAAAAUUAUUGUGCCUCGUUCAAAGAAUUUGGCUAACUAAAUUUCUGGCCAAUCUUUGGUAAAAAAAAAUGAAUGAAGUAGUGAUAGGCCAGUUGUAAUUCAUUCAUUCCCAUUCCCAUUCCAUUUUGUAAUUAUCAUUCUGUCUAGUAGGCCUAUUCAUUUGCAUCCGAUUACAAACUAGCUUCUGGAGAUCUGGGCAUUGUCAUAAAUUAUCCAUGUAAAAUGGUGUUAAUGUAUUUAUGUUUGUUAAUUUAUUUACAUGUCGCUUGUAUUUUUUUUAUGACUGAAUAUAUACACACAUCUAUUGUAUUAUAUGUAAAUAAGGAAAUACACAUUUAUUUAUU